AUGGUUGACCGUAAGGCUGUUAUCAAGAACGCCGAUAUGUCUGAGGACAUGCAACAAGACUCCAUCGACUGUGCUACCCAAGCAUUGGAGAAAUAUAACAUCGAAAAAGAUAUUGCUGCUUAUAUCAAGAAGGAGUUCGACAAGAAGUAUAACCCAACCUGGCAUUGCAUCGUUGGAAGGAACUUUGGAUCCUACGUCACCCAUGAGACCAAGCACUUCAUCUACUUUUACCUCGGUCAAGUCGCCAUCUUAUUAUUCAAGUCUGGAUAA